UUUUGGUCGAUGGGUGCAAUGUUCACCAGACGUGCGUAACUAAACCAACUAAACUAUCUUCGACGUUUUUGCUUGUAAAUUUAACAAGCUCAGCGUGAUGAGUGUUUUAUCUUCCGAUGCGAAGUGCAGAGUUUUGUAACUGGAUGUAAAAAGACAAAGAGCAAUGCCACACUGGACAGUCCACCUUGACGGCGGACCUCGAAGGGUCAAUCAUGCUGCAGCGCUAGUUGGAGGUCGUAUCUUUCUGUUUGGCGGAUACUGCACCGGUGGAAACUAUAGUUCACUCGUACCCAUUGAUGUCUACGUCUUGAACACGGUUCAACUGAGGUGGACUAAGUUGCCAAAUGCUAGUGAUGAGGAGUUCACUAAGAAGCUGGUACCCUAUCUUCGCUAUGGUCACUCAGUGGUCAACUGCAAUGGACUGGUGUACUUGUGGGGAGGGCGUAAUGACAACUACGGUGCCUGUAGGGAAGUCUUCUGCUAUGAUACAAAUACCCUGAAGUGGUCCAAACCAAACACAACAGGUGAUGCUCCGUUUGGUAGAGAUGGCCACUCAGCUUGCCUCAUUGAAGACGAGAUGUACAUAUUUGGUGGCUUUACAGAUGGGAGGAUACAGUGCUACUCAAACACUGUGUUCAGCUUGAACCUAAAGGAGAUGGAAUGGAGGUACAUCAAUGCAAAGGGUGAAAUACCUCACUGGCGUGACUUCCACACAGCGGCAGCCAACAAGCAUCAGAUGAUUGUCUUUGGAGGUAGAUCCGACAAGUCUGGCCAGUGUUACACCAAUCAAGAAUUCUACUGUAAUAAGCUACAGGUGUUUGACAUCCAGACCAAGGUGUGGAAUGCACCUGCAACUACUGGCGAUGUGCCCAUCGGAAGGAGAAGCCACUCUGCUUUCAUGUAUGGAGGAUUUAUGUAUAUGUUUGGUGGCUACAAUGACUUAACCAAAACACACUUCAACGACCUUUACAAGCUGGACUUGGUCAACUAUGAGUGGUCAAAGGUCAAAACCUACGGGCAAACACCAAGGAAAAGACGGAGACAAUGCUGCAUUGUUGUUGGAGACCAGGUCAUCAUGUUUGGAGGAACAAGUCCCAAGGAUAGAGUGGUACGUGGUGGCUCUGAUGAUGAGAAUCUCAUGGACCUGGCUGACCUCCACAUACUCGACUUUGCUCCGUCAUUGAAGACGCUGUGUAAAGUAGCUGUGAUCCAGAACAGGCUCGACACUUCCUUCUUGCCCAUAGGAAUCAGAUGGGAACUGGAAGCCAUGACAACAAACAAUGAUAUAAGUCAACCUCUAGAGAUGCCUCAAGGUUAACAAGGACACAGAGUCGUUCAAGCCAAAGAUCAUCAGUUUGCUGUAGUACACUGCAUGUUCUCAUCAAGUCCCAAAAUAAUGUGAACUGAAAAUCCAACCGGGAUGCUUUUUUCAGCGAUCGUGUAAAAAGACUAAGAUCAUGAUUGAAUGAGAGAUUUUUAUUUAUUUGUUGACACACCCAACCGCGUUGUCCGCACCAAUCACAGAAUGAAUAGGAGAUGAUGAAGAAAUGUAUUGAGUUUGUAUAAACUCAGCGCCUUGAGUACCUUGUUGGUUGAUAUGUACGUGUGUUAUAUGUUUAAUAAUAAUAAUAAUAAUAAGACAUUUGUAAAGCGCCUAAUGCAAUAGCC